CAACCCACUCGUUCUGUUUACUUAACUGAAUUGCUUCUGAAAAACAGAAGAGGUGACUAAAAUCCUGUAAUCCUGUCAGGCAUUCCUUUUCCAUUUGGUUUUUAAAGAGCUUCCUAAUUCAGGGGGCCUUUUUCAUGCAAUUAUGAAGGCCUUCAUUGUACUAGCACUCUGCUGUAGUUUUUUCUCUAGCAGAGCCAUUCCUCUUGCAUUUGAGUCUUUGGACUGUGAUGACCCUGAUGUCUUUAAAGCUGUUGAUGCAGCACUGAAGAAAUUCAAUGGAGACAGAACAACUGGUAACCAAUUUGCUCUAUACAUGGUGAUGGAAGCCAAGAGAACUGCAGGUCCUGACCCAGAGUUCUAUGUGAAAUACAGAAUACUUGAAAGUAAUUGUACCACUGAGGAAAACAAACACUGGCAAGACUGUCAAUACAAAGUAUCUGCAGAGGCUGUAAGUAUCUGUUCUCUCUACGAGUUCUCUGUGCAGAAACAUCAGCAUAAUGACCAGGAUUGCAAUUGCCUAGGGAAAAAUACAGUAGAAGAAUUAGCUUUUUUAGCUGCGUCGCUUUUGCAAGGUUAUAUGAGUACACUACAGAAAUGUUUACAAUCCCAAAGUUAACCAUUACCAUCCUGA